GCUCGCUCUGAGAUCAUGAAGACGACGCGGAAAUGUCGCGCGCUGUUGUCCGUGGGUCUGAACCUGGUGGCCCUGUUCUUCUCCACCACCGCCUUCAUCACCACGUACUGGUGCGAAGGCACCCAGCGCGUCCCCAAGCCCAACUGCAGCAAGCAGCGGCGCCACAACUGCAUCGACUACGGCGUGAACGAGACGGACCAGAACAAGGUGCACUACAGCUGGGAGACCGGGGACGACCGCUUCCUCUUCCGCCGCUUCCACACCGGCAUCUGGUACUCCUGCGAGGAGAACAUCCACGAGGCAGGUGAGAAGUGUCGGAGCUUCAUUGAUCUCGCCCCGGCGUCGGAGAGAGGUGUGUUGUGGUUGUCGGUGGUGUCGGAGGUGCUCUACAUCCUGCUGCUGGUGGUCGGCUUCAGCCUGAUGUGUCUCGAGCUUUUCCACUCCAGCAACGUCAUCGACGGACUCAAGCUCAACGCCUUCGCCGCCGUCUUCACCGUGCUGUCCGGUCUUCUGGGCAUGGUGGCCCACAUGAUGUACACUCAGGUGUUCCAGAUCACAGUCAGUCUGGGUCCUGAAGACUGGAGGCCCCACAGCUGGGACUACGGGUGGUCCUUCUGCAUGGCCUGGGGUUCCUUCACCUGCUGCAUGGCCGCCUCCGUCACCACCCUCAACUCCUACACCAAGACGGUGAUCGAGUUCAGACACAAGCGCAAGCUGUUCGAGCAGGGCCUGCGCGAGGAGCAGAACUACCUGGACCAGGAAGCGUUCCACUACUUCCGGGACCGCUCCCUCCAGUCCAUCUCCAGCACCGUGGAGGUCUACCCCGGCCACGGCGGAACCAGAGCCGGGCUGGUCGUCGGGGGCCCGGGUCCCGGUCCGGGGCCGGGGCCGGGUCCGGGUCCUGGACGGGGCAAGAUGAGAGCCAUGUCAGCCUCCAUAGACCUGGGGGAGAACACAGACUCGCUGGGGGAGGAGCAGUGCUGA